AUGGAAGUGAAGAUCCUGCAUAGGAACCCGGAGGAAUACAAAAACAACCCGGGGGCCUCCACCUACAAGCAUAGCAGAAAUGUCGACCCUAACAUUCACCUUUUCCAAAGGGAAAUAGAAUAUAAGAGGGCCCUAAAUGCAACGAAAAUGGAUAAAAUUUUUGCAAAGCCUUUAGUGAAGUGUUUGGAUGGUCACGAUGAUUCAGUCCGAUCACUCUGCGUUUCAAAUAAAUCCCUAACUGAUCUGUACAGCGGGAGUUGUAACGGCUUCAUUAACAUUUGGAAUGUGCUUAAUAAAACGUUAAUUAAAAAAGUGAAAGCUCACGAAGGAUUCGUGAGGGCACUGUGCAUCAGUCACGAUGAGAAAUUCCUCUUCAGUUGUGGCGAUGACAAAUAUAUUAAGCAGUGGGUUAUUGAUAAGAGCGGAGGGGUGAGCGAUAUAGGCGGCCGGGAGGAUGCCAAUAGCUUAUCCCCCUCUGAGCUCGUACGAGGGGAGGGAUCGCUUGUAGCUAGCCAAAAUAUGAUGAACCUGAGCCACCUAUCCGAUGAAGUGACACCGAAGAAAAUCUACGUCUGCAAAAGCGUGCCCAACAGUAUCGAUAAACAUUUCUCAGAACCGCUAAUAAUAUCAGGAAGUCAACACUUAGAUGUCUGGGACUACUACAGAAACAAUGCCAUAGCUAGUUUCGAUUACAACAGUGAGUACAUAUAUUACGUGAAGUUCAAUUACGCACAGAGAAACCUAGUUGGGUUAACUCUUUCUGAUAAUUCUGUAGGGCUAGCUGACAUAAGAACCAAGACACCCAUCAAAAAAAUGUUCUUAAAAUACAGAUGCAAUUCUCUAAGUUGGAAUAAUAUGAAUCCAAAACAGUUUGUCGUGGCGAAUGAAGACUCCAACCUCUACACCUUUGACAUGAGACACUUAAAAACGGCUACUCUUGUGCACAAAGGUUUUGUAAAUGCCGUGUUGGAUGUAGAUUACUCUCCCAUUGGAGACAAAUUUGUUGCUUGUUCGUAUGACAAAACAGUUAGAUUAUUUAAUAGCGAUGAAACAACGAGUUAUGAUGUGUACCACACGAAGAGAAUGCAGCAUGUCCUCUGUUGUAAGUUUAGCUUAGACACCAAGUACGUCUACACCGGUAGCUCAGACAUGUGUAUUCGUAUUUGGAAAUCUUGUUCUCAUGAGCCAACUGGCAUUCUGUCCAACAAGGAAAAGCAAGCCAUAAAUUAUCGAAACAAACUGAAGGAGAAAUAUUCUUCGCUCAAGGAAAUUAGGCGCAUCAGAAAUCACCACCAUGUACCUGCGCUCAUCAAGAGUAUGUCUGACAAAAAGAAGGUAAUGUUGGAGGCCAAGAGGAGGCGCGAGAAUAACAGAGUCAAACACUCGAAAGACACAGAUCAGCUUCCCAUUCCGGAGAAGAAAAAAAUAUUCGUCACGGAGCAGUAG